AUGGCGGAAGAACCAGAGAAGGUGUCUUCUUCAUCGCUACAGCAACCUUCCGGCGAUAAGAAACCUCAGGAUCCAGCGGCGUCUUCUGGGUAUGGAGCUCAUCCCAAUGGUGAUUCUCCAAUGUACCCGGCGUUUUAUCCGGCUCUUGUUCCUGGACACUACGAGGAACACAUGAAUCGUGGAGCUGGCAUUUAUGCAGUUCCUUUGCAUCAAUCUGCAGGACAUAUCGCUGGUCUUCCUUCAAACUACCUUAUCCCUCUCACUUACAAUGUUCCCACGACUAGGCCAAGUAAUGAGGCUGAGAAUGGGGGAGAGAACCAAGCGCAAGCCGGUCAAGGUCAGCAACAGCAGCAACCUGCAAAUCAAAGGCAAGUGGUGGUCAGGAGGUUUGAGAUCGCGUUUCAGCUCGAUAUUUUCCUCAUACUCAAGCUUGCUGCUGUCAUCUUUCUGUUCAACCAAGACGGUUCAAGACAGAGGCUCGCUGUUCUUGUGGUUUUCGCUACCAUAAUCUACUUAUACCAAACUGGAGCACUUGCACCGUUUGUGCGAUGGCUCUCACAAGGUAUGCAUAGAGCAGCAGUACCACCAAGACCUCCUCAUCGAGCUGCUGCAAGAGCUGAGAAUGAUCCCGCAGCGGCAGUGCCACUAAACGAAGAUGCAGCUCCCGAGGGACAAGAGAAUGAAGCUGAUAACGGGAACCGAGCAAACGCAAAUGAAAAUGUUGGUGCUGGACAGCAAGGGAACCAAUGGUGGGGAAUAGUGAAAGAGAUUCAGAUGAUAGUUUUUGGCUUCAUAACUUCACUACUCCCUGGCUUCCACAACAUUGAAUAG